AUGCCUAGCACCAGCACUCGGCGCACCGUCUCCCCGCUUCGCCGAGUAACUCCCACCAACUCAGACGCUCGUAACCUACGCGCGCGCAGAAGUACAUCUUCAUCCUCGGCUACGCCCUCUAAAGCCAAGAAUCCGGACUAUGGGCGUUUCACGCCGCUUGCAUCCCAACCACAGACCAUAUCCUCCAACGCGGGCAAUGCACCCUCCGAGCUUUCCACCUCCUUUGAUCUAGAGCCUCUUCCUGUGCCCGUAGUCACGUCUAAGUCGACGCCUUUGUUGGAAGAACGGAUGACCGACAGCCAGACCCGAGUCUGUCGAUCCGAGCUUCGCAUCCCAGAGCGCGAAGUCGAUCAUGAGCCCUUUUCGCUAUGGGACUACCUGAGGGAAGAGCUGCUUGCGACAGAUUUCGAUUCACACAGAGCUCAAGUGGGAAAGAGUCAGCAACUUCCUGAACAUACCGAUUGCUAUCGAAAAGUCCUUCAUUCGCUCGUUUUGGUAUACCAGCUGAUCUCGCUCAACGUUGCUAUCAACUCUUACGAUAAUGCGCUGCUGACAUUGCUGAUCUCGAACCAGUUUGUGGAAAUCAAGGGAAGCGUGUUCAAAAAGUUUGAAAAAGACAACCUCUUCCAGAUCACAUGUGCAGAUAUCGUCGAGAGGUUCCAGCUGUCGUCGAUGCUUCUUGUGAUCGCAUUACGGAAUACAAUUGAGCUGUCGUCGGACAGCUUUGACUUGGAAAGCUCGGGACUACCCCAGAGCUUCAAGGUGAACUUUCUGAGUGGGAUAGGCGGAGGAGGAUCUGGGCCAUCUUUUCGGCAAGUCGCGUACUGGGGUCAACUGCCUGAGAGUAACUAUCAGACAGCCAGUGAUGACGGUGUUGCUAUCGGAGCUAGUGGUCGACUGGCUCAAGCAUGCGUUUAUCACGAAGUUCAAUCACAUCCGCCCUCGGUCUACGAGCGAUAUACUGACGUGCUCUGUCGAGAUCUGCUCGCCAGCGGCAGUCGCAGACGAUCUCAAUACAUACGUCGACCAAUCGCCACUCGUCGCUCGACGUCUUGGCCUUCCUACUCUGCCGCUUGCUGUACUCGUUCUUCUCAUUGGUUCCCAGCUGUCAGCAAAUGUGAUGUCGCUGCACGAAUGGAACUGGACGUGGGAGCGAGCGACGCAGUGUGCAGUGCUGGGGGUCUGAUUUGGCUAUGUUUGGUAACGAUCAAGUUGAUGCUCGGGGUCAACCUUCUCGUCUAUGCUACGAGCCGUAAGAAAUACAUGGAUACACGGGUUCAAGAAGACGAAGAUGUGAACAAGUUUGGGCGGAAUCCGAUUGGGGAGGGGAAGGAAGAACAGGGCUACAAUCGGGAGCUCAAGACUCUACUGAAUCGCAAGGCGGAUGAUGCGGGUGGAGGAGCAGCGCGGAAAAAAGUGGCGCUGGAGGAUCUGACUAGGUUCACUAUGGUCAAGCGGAUUUGGUAG